AUGUCCAAACUCCUCCAAGGCAAAACCAUAGCGAUCACCGGUGCUGCAACUGGCAUCGGCAGAGCCGUAGCCAUCGAGAUGGCACGUCAAGGAGCGGACAUAAGCAUUGGCUACCUAGGACCUAUCCAAGACUCGUCGGUGGCCUCCCUCCGCGAUGAAAUCGAGUCAGUGCCCAUCUCCCGCCAAUUCCUCGCAAUCCCAGGGGAUAUUUCAGACGUGGAGACCAGCAAGACGUUAAUCAAGUGCACGGUCGAAAAGUUCGGCAAACUCGAUGCCUUCGUCUCGAAUGCUGGCGUCUGCCAAUUCCACGACUUUCUCACCAUGCCAAAGGAACUCUACGACAGGACGGUAGCGGUGAACCUCAACGGCGCCUUCUACGCCGUUCAGGCCGCCGCGAAUCAAAUGGUCUUGCAGGGUACCGGCGGCAGCAUAAUCGCCAUAUCCUCUAUCAGCGCGCUGGUGGGGGGGGCCGGACAGACGCAUUAUACCCCGACGAAAGCUGGUGUCCUGUCGCUAAUGCAGAGCUGUGCUACGGCAUUGGGAAAGCAUGGGAUUCGCUGUAAUGCGAUCCUGCCGGGGACUAUCAGGACCGCGUUAAACGAGGAGGAUUUGGCGAAUAAGGAGAAGAGGGAGUACAUGGAGGGGCGGAUUCCGCUGGGGAGGACGGGGGUCCCCGAGGAUAUUGCGGGUCCCGCGGUGUUUUUGGCCAGCGAUUUGUCGAGAUAUAUGGUUUGCUCCCCCCUCCCCGCCACCACACACCACCCCCGGGGGGAUUCCGCUAAUCGCGGGGCUUGA